UUUCACUUUCUAUGGUUUACUGUCAUUUUAACUCUCAUGUAACGUAAAUGUUAUCCCAUAUUCUCUGUCUGGCACAUUUAAGUCAUCUUACUGAGUGAUGUAAAAUAACAGACAUUUGGUGUAUACGUUUAACUUAAAAAUCACAGCGUCUAGCAAACUUCAACUUUAGCUAGCUAAUUCAUAACCACAUGUGGAGUUGUUUGAUCUCCGAAUGUCUUGUAAAGUUAGCAGUUUGUACAGUAACGUUAUCGUAAUGUUACCUAAACGUAACCACAAAUGUAACGUUAGCUAACUAGCUACACAUAUUUCAGUAUAAGCUAGAGUUUGUGCUACCAAUAAGGCUAAUUCUGGGGAGCACGGAAAUGUUUACCAUAGCUUCCUAAGUACAAUGAGCAAGCGAACACCAACAUUGUGUAGCUAGCUAGUUAUCACUUAACCUAACUAGGUGUCUGCUCAGUUCUUUGUUAAAUCUUUACAAACACGCUAUGGCCAAGAUGCCUGCUGCUCUUAAGUGGGAUAAAGUGACGACAAUUGACCCAGCGAGCCUCCUUGAAUGUGAAAAAGACCAAGUGGACGAGGUCUUCGACAUGUUCGUUUCGACAGAGGAAUGGGAGGUGAAGGAUAAAUCUGCGGAGAACAUUAUUCAAGUCUUCAGAGUGUUUCAGACCCUAUUGAAGAUUAAGGAUCAGGAAGUUACUAUUGCUUACAACUUUCUUGAGGACAUUGGUGUGAAACAUGCUAAAACCGAAAAGGAACUCCAAGCCAAGGUGUUGAGGCUGGAACAAGAGCAUAAGCCCUCCGGCACAGGGCCAGACAGCCGCUUUCUGAGAGAUGAGAUUCGGCAGCUUGAGACCCAGCUGGAGCAGCGGGAGAAGGAGUUGACCCAUUUAAAGAAAGAAAUGGGCAAGGAAAAGACAACCAAUGAGGAGUUGGUUGUGCGAGCAGAGGAGGCUGAGAAUGAGGUCAAGAAGCUGAAAAGAGAGAUAAAAAAGCUUAAGAAGAAGAAUGAGCAGCUCGAGCAGGAUGUGGAAUUCUAUCGUGGAGAGCUGGACCAGAAAGACCCAUUUCCAUCCAGAGACGAGAAUGCAGAGGCCCAGAGGAAGCUCAACUUGGCCAACCGACAGCUCUACCAGUGCUUGGAAGACCUUCAGCGAGCAGAGGAUGAAAACGGACACCUGAAGACACAGAACGACCAAAUGCAGAAAAGUCUGGAAGAGUCUGUGAGGGAGAUGGAGAAGAUGACAGAUGAGUACAACAAGAUGAAGAUUAUUGUACAGCAGACUGACUCCAGCAUGGACCAGCUCAGGAAAGAAAGGGACCAUGCAAAGCUGCAAAUCAGUGAGUUGACGGAUAAGAUUCGUAGCAUGACUGAGGAUGAUGACCCCGUAAUGGCAGCACUCAAUGCCAAAGUGGAGGAGUGGAAGAGAGUACUAUCUGGGAAGGACGAUGAAAUUUUGGUGUACCAGCAGAUGAUUCGCGAUCUGAGGGAAAAGCUGCGUUCAGCCCAGUUGGACUUGGACAAAAGCAACAUCAUUGCCUUGCAGCAGGUCAUAUAUGAGCUCUGCAGUGCUGUCCAAGAGAGAGAUAAUCAAAUCAAGAUACUGAGUGAGCAGGUGGAGCAGUACACAGGGGAAAUGGAGAAGCACACCCUGCUUAUCGAGGAGCUUAAGACGUCCACAAAGAAAGACAGAGGCAUACCACCGGCCAUACAGCAGAGAAAGAUGGAAGAACUGAAGUCCAAGCUGGAAGCUGCAGAGACCAGAGCAGAGGAAGCAGUUCGGGCGGUGAAGCUUGUGGAAGCUCAUGCGGAAGAAAAAGACAAAGCACUCAUUGAGGCUUUGAACCGCUUAAGCCAGUAUGAGUCUGGCACUUAUGGUCUGGAAGCAGCCAUUGCAGAGAUCAAAGAGUGUAAAAAUCAGAUUAGAGUGAGAGAUCUUGAGGCAGAGGCCAUGACCAAAGAGAUCAACCAGCUUGAGCUGAGAAUCAAUGACCUCAUGGACGAAAACGAGGAUUUCCGGGGAAAACUAGGUCUAGAACCAAAGCAGGAAGUGGAUCUGACAGAGUUCAGGCGAGCCAAAGAUCAAAGACAACGCCAGUAUAAAGCAGAAAACCAAGUCCUCACAAAAGAGAUUGAACAGCUUGAAGAAGAGAGACUGGAGUUAAAGAAGCAAAUCAGAUGCAUUGUGAAGGAAAAAGGAAUCCCACGGUCAAGCUUGCUGCUGGAAGAAGAGGAUGUCAGGCCCAGGAGAACUGUACAGCUUCAACUUAAACAAAGCAGGACAUACGCAGAUGAAGAGAUCCAACGCAAAAAUGAGUUCCUAGAAAAAGAACUCAGCAAUAAGGAGAGGGAGCUGGAACUUCAUAAAACCCAGUUUGACAUAAAAUUGGAUGAACUGUCAAAAGUGAAGAGAGACCUGGAGGAUGCGCUGAAAGAUGUCCUCCAAUUCAUGAGGAUUAAUCAGGAGAUCACGCUAUCUGACUCGGCCAUCAACAUUCCCCGUCUUGAAAGGUUGGCUAAUGCUGCAGAUAUCGGCAACAUGAACGGGCAGUCUGAGCCAGUCCUGCACCUAAAGUCCCAAAUACAUCAGCUGUUGGGGAGAAAUGAAGAACUAAGGCAGGAAUUGAAAUUGGCCCGGGAGGAAGCAACGAGUAGUUUCAGUCAGCAUGCCAGAGCCAAAGAAAAGGUGAGCCAACUGGAAGGUGAAUUGGAGCUGUUUAGGAGGUCGGGCAGCAGGGGAGUUGUCUUCCGACCUCUGACCCUCCCCGAGGGCCUGGAGCCCAGCAGCACUGAGGUUAUUAGUUCUCUGAAUGAGUACGCUGUUCGACUUCUUCAGGAGCUAAAAAACAACGAGGAAAAAAACAAUACACUCACAGGAACUCUGGAGGAAUACAAAGACAAGUUUUCUGUUAUUAGCCACCAACAGGGACUCCUUUAUAAAGAAUACCUAAGUGAGAAGGCCGACUGGCAAAAGGAAAAAAAGACAUUUACAGAGAUAAAGAACAAGCUGGAGGAUCAACAGCAGGUUGAUGCUGUUAAAAUCCAAGAAUUCAACAAGCUGCUUGACACCCUUCAGAAGGACCCAGAGUUAAUCAGGAGACAGUUGAGCGAAGCAUCGCGCGCGUUGACUGUGCUGAAGGUUAAUGAGAAGAAACUGACGCGGCGCUAUAUCACCCUGCUGGAGCAAGAACAGCACCUUCGCAAGGAGAACGGCAAGCUGAAGGAUGAGAGCAGCCACAUGCAGGCCUCUGUCACCCAAAGGAUUGGCUACCUGCAGAGAUACAAGGAAAUGGCUGCAUAUAAGAUAGCAGCACUGCAGAAGGCCUUGGAUGACAGUGUGCCCUCAUCAGACCUUGAGAGGGCUAACAAACAGUACACAGAGCUAACGGUCAAAUACAGAGACAUGCUACAGAGGGACAGCCACCUGAUGCAGAGAACCACCAACCUCGAACAUUUGGAGAGCGAGAAUGAGUCUUUGCGGGAGCAAAUCUCAGCUAUGAAUAAAGAACUGGAAAUAACAAAGGAGAAACUUAAUACUUUAGAGCAAGCAUGGGACAACAUCAAUGCAAUUGCAGGAGAUGCAAAUGGCAUGGAUAAGGCGGACAAAGCUUUGAUCAACAAAGAAAUGGUAUCUUCCGCUAGGCGCAUCACCACUCUAGAGAUGAAGGAGCUGAAUGAGAGGCAGAGAGCUGAGCAUGCACAUAAAAUGUAUGAACACCUGAGGAACACCCUCAAGCAGGUGGAAGACCGUAACUUAGAACUGGAGUCCAAGUUCGCAGAGUUGACCAAGAUGAAUGUAGAGGCCCAGAGGGUGGAGCGGGAGCUGAGAGAUGAACUGGCAGACAGCAUCAGCAAAGCUGUGAGCGAUGCAGACAGAGCCAAGAUUGCAGAGUUGGAGAAGGCCGAGGCUGAGCUGCGCAUUGAGGUUUCUAAGCUUCAAGAGGUGUCUGAUGUGGCCAUGAUGCAGGCGUCUGCUAUACAGGCCAGACAACAGUCCAAAGAGAAGGAAGUAGAAGCUUUGAGGAGACAAAUACUGGACUACCAGUCACAGUCCGAUGAGAAGGCCCUCAUUGCGAAGCUCCACCAGCACAUUGUGGCUCUGCAGCUCAGUGAGUCAGCUUCUUUGGCCAAGCUUGACGCUGCCACCUCUCAAAUCCAGCAGCUGGAGGCCUAUAAGCUGCGUGCUGAACAGCGACUGGAUGCAAGUGAGCGCUCGCUUUUCCUCGCCCGCCAGGAGGGCAGAAAUCGCUCCAAGCACCUACGGCAGACCAUCCAGUCACUACGUAGGCAAUUUGCCGGAGCACUGCCUCUUCCCCAACAGGAAAAGUUCUCUUUGGCCAUGGUGAGCGUCCAGGAGGACAGAGCAAAAGCCCUGGAAGAGAAGAGGAAGGCCAUGGAGGAGAGGAGGAAAGCAGAGGGCAGGGCUGAAGAACUAGAACUGAGACUUCAAUGUCUGGAGGAGCUCAUCUCAACACUGAAGGAUGUGAAAGGGGCCCAAAGGGUAACUGAGUGGCACAAGAAGAUGGAAGAGGCUCGUCUACAGGAGCUGAGGAAAGGCAGGGAGCUGGUGAUCCAAAAGGAGGAGAUCAGGUACCUGAAGAACCUUAUGGAAGAGCAGGAGCGAACUAUCCAUGCGCUAGAAGAGGAUAUUGUGCAUCAAAACAUGCUUCAAGAAGAACGGCAGCUUGCAUAUGAUCAGCGAGAGGUGGAACUGGAGCGCCAGCUGGACCAGUACGAGAAGCACCAGCAGGAUAUUCUAAGCAGUGGGGAAAAGUAUGAGGAUGGUACAGGAUCCCUACCAGACCCGAGUCUACCUCUUGCUCAUCAGUUACAGUUUGCUUUGGCUAAAAUCAGAGAGCAUGUCCGCACCGUGUCGGACACACAGGCCACCUGCAAAAGGUUGGACGAGAAGUUAAAAGAGAAAGAAGCAGUUCUGUGGAAGGCAGAACAGAACAUUUUGUCCAGGGAUAGAGUUAUCAAUGAGCUGCGUCUUCGGCUCCCAGCUGCUGCCAACAGAGAACGCCUGCUCGCUGACGUUUCCAAACAUGAAGAGGGCCAGUCAGACAAUCAGCCUACCCUCAAGCUGGCCCACCAGACCAUCAAAGACCUCCAGGGUCGACUUGACAAAAAAGAGGACGUGCUAAAGAAAUACCACAAGCAGUUGGCUCAAGCCAGACAGGAUCAGGAGGAGAUGAUAAAGAGACACCAGGAGGAGCUGAGAAUGUUGCAUCAGAAGUUGGACUUGCACACUGACACCUCCCUUGACCACUUCAGACAGACAGCAAUGGAAUUAAUGAAGAAGCCCACUAUCAGUGUGCCAACCACCAAGCAUUUGGAGCAUCUGGCUGAGUUGGAGCAGACAGUGGCUGAACAGGACAUCUCACUCGCCUCCGUCACAGAGAAGCUGAAGCUGGCCACUGCUGAGCUGGAGCGACAGAGGGACGCCAUGGAAACACUGGCUAAGAAACACGCUGACGAGAUUUCAAAACUGGAGGUGUAUCAUGCUGCCCAGGUGAAAGCUCUGACUGGUGAGAUUAAGGCCCAGAUGGCCCAGAUGGAGAAGGAGAUGAACUACCUCCAAACUGAGCUGGCAGCCCAGAAGGAGGCCAACGUCCGCUCCCCCAGCAACACCAUGAAAAACCUGGUUGAACGACUGAAAGCACAGCUCACCCAGAAAGAAAAACAGCUUAAGGCUCUCAGUAAAGCCCUGUUGGAGCUGCGGGCAGAAAUGACGUCUGCUGCAGAGCAGCAAGUCAUAGCCAGCGCUGCACAAAAAGAGGAGAAUCUCAACGUACAGAUGCUGGUUGACCGACACACCAAAGACCUUAAGGUGCGGGUGCAAGAACUCAAUGAAGAACUUCAAGCUGCAAAGGAGUUUGCCAGAGCAGCCAGAGCCCGGGAGAACAUCUUGAAACAGGAAGUGGAACGCCUAAACCAGGACCUCCAGAGGAGUCAGAAAACCGAGAGACGCUUGCAGGCUGAAAAGGACGAGAGAGAGCUGGAAAUCCAGGAUCACAAGCAGCAAGUCAAGAGGCUCAGCAGCGCCCUAAAGAAUCAACCAGAACCAGAUGGAAAGGGGUCAACCAUUGAGAAUCUGCACAAGAAGAUCAGGAAGCUUGAGUGUGACUUGGAGAAAAAAGCAGAGAUGAAGGAUGAUCAUGGAAAGAACAAAGGUGAAAUUGUGCGUUGGGAGGAGGGUAAGAAGUGGCAGGCCAAGAUAGAAAAGGUGAAGAAUUUACUAAAGGAGAAGGAACGAGAGAAUGAAUUGCUGUCGAAACAGCUCUCCACUCUGAAAGACCUCUAUGCCAGACUGGAGCAAGAGAAGAGUGCACUGCAGAAAAAGCUGAAGGGUCGUGGUGUGACUGCUGAUCAGGUGGUCGGAGUGCGAUCCAGUGAACUGGAGAAGGAGAUGGAAGAGCUGAAGAAGAAGAACUCAGACCUGGAGACACAAAUCUUCACCAUAAAACAGCACCAGGCUUUACCUCGUGAUGACGCCAUGGAGAAUCUGACCCUGAGGAACCGCUACCUGGAAGAGAGACUCCACUCCAUAGAGAGCCAGAUCUCCAAAGAGCCUUCAUCAAGACCCUCUGCAAAAAGCUCCUCUUCAUGGGCUUUGAGAAGGAUGUGUUCUGUCACUUGUGAUGUUGCGGAUGAGGCAUGCGAAGGGAAUGCAGCGCAGCAUCUGUCUGAGUCCUACAGCCGCUCUGUUAGCCUUGGAACUGUUGAAGAUCCUGCUGAUCAACAGAGAGAGCCAAAGCAAAGCCAGGUAGCUAGAGAAACCCAAACCAGCGUUGUGGGAGCAGAGGAUGUUUGCACGGAGCAAGAGUGCUUGAGUCCUGAUGUCGCAGAAGACACGGCAGCAAACAACGCUGAUGUGACCGGAGAAGAAGAGGACGCCAGUCAAGUUGUAGAAGAUGACACAGAAGCAGAAACUAUAGAUCAUCCACGAGACAUCCAAGGUGGUUCUGAACUGGAAGAGGUUGAAGAAACACGGACCAUUAAAGGAAGUGAGCCGGAUCCUGAGGAUCCGUCGGAAAGAACAGGAACUGUUCUGUCAUCCUCUGAGCCAGCCGUGGCGGGAACGGGCGCUGAAGCCUUGAAUAACGAAGGUGUUUGUGAACGAGAUGAUCAAGAUGAUGAUGAUGUGUGGCUUAGGGAAGAAAAGACAGAGGAGGCUGAGGAACAGGCUGAUCUGAAAGAUAAAGAGGUUGUGACAACAAAGGAUGUAACGGAGGUACAUAAACCAGAACCGUCUUGCUCAGAAGAACCAGAUGUGGACGUCAGCUCCGAACUGAGCAACCACUCACUUUUUAUCAGGAAAAAAAGGGAUGAUCGUGUACGAAAACAAGAGAGCCGAUCUCUUAGAUAUCUGAAGACUUCGGGUCGAGGCACUGGCACUCCCUCACAGAGAGAUCAGGACCUUCAAAAAGAAAACCUCAAGCUGGCCUCUGAGAACCUGGAGCUGCGCUUUCAGGUGGAGCAAACCAACAAAGAUUUACCAAGACUUAAGAAUCAAGUUGCAGACCUUAAGGAGAUGUGCAGUGCGCUGAAAAAGGAAAAGGCAGAGGUGGACAAAAAGCUGACCCACAUACGUGGAUCCGGUCAAAGUGGUAAAACCAUACCUGAACUUGAGAAGACCAUUGGGUUGAUGAAGAAGGUGGUGGAGAGGGUGCAGAGGGAAAAUGAGACGCUAAAGAAAUCCAGCGCACCUGCAAAUCAAGACAAGGUCGCAGCCUUGGAGCAAGAAACCGAAAAACUAAAGGCUGACUUAGCAAAACUAAAGAGUCAAAGUGAAGCUGAGCUGAGCUCCAAACUUGAAGCUAAAACCAAAGGACUGGAGAAAAUAGUCAUGGAAAAUGAACGUCUACGCAAGGAGAUCAAAAGGGAGAUGGAAGCUACCGAGAGGCUGAGAGUGACCAAGGCGACUCUGGAGGCGACCAAUGAGAAGCUUGAGGCAGAGCUUGAAGAAACCAAGCAAAGACUGCGAGCAGCUCUAUCCAAAGCCAUCCCCGAGGGAGCUGACAGUAAAACCUGGAAGGCGUCUGUGGUAACAAGAAUGUUUGAGAACAAGAUGAAGGAGUUGGAGAAGGAGCUCUCCCAGAAGACCUCCAGUCUGUCUGAGCUCAAACACCAGCUGAAGGAGGUGAACGAGCGCGAGGAGAGAGCUCAGAUAAACAUCCGGCAACUUGAAGAUCAGGUUGACAUGUUAAAAAGCUUCCCCACUGCUGCAAAGACAGGAGGAGGACUCACCAGAGAGUUCCAGGCAAUGAGAAUGAUCAACACGGAGCUGGAGAAGGAGAACAAAGAACUGAAACAACAGCUGACCGAGUACAGUGAGCGGUACGGUGCAACAUCUUCUAAACUGGACUACGGGAAGCUCAAACAACUUCUGCAGGCAGCCCAAACAGAGAAAACAGCACUGCAAACUGAGAUCAUAAAACUGAAGAAAGAACUGGAGAACUUUGACCCGACAUUUUUUGAAGAGAUUGAAGACUUAAAGUAUAACUACAAUUUAGAGGUGAAGAAGAACAUUCUGCUGGAGGAACAGCUGAAGAAGGUGUGCGACCAGUUUGGUGUAAAACCUGAACUGCCCAAUGUGUCCAUUGGGUAACUCGGGGUUACGGUGCCUUGUUUGUUUUUAAAGACGUUAGGACUGUUAAAACUACACCAAGAUGUACUUUUAGUUUUUUUCAAUUUAGAUCUCUGACCGGGUAUCAACCCUUAAUACAAUGUUAGUCU